CCCCGCCCCUGGUCGGAAGCCGCGGCUCUAAUACCAAAAGCCCUUUCACCCAGAGCCGGAAGUUGGAGAGCGCGGAACAGAGGUCCCCGAGCGGCGCCUAAGCUUGCUUCUAGAAACUCUGAAGACUUGUGUUGCCUGAGGAAUCCCUGAAGUUGAGGAAGAGGAAAGAAAAGGAGUCAGGCAUGGCUCUUUCUCAGAAACGACUGACCUCUGAGGAUGUGGCCAUCGAAUUCACUCAGGAGGAGUGGGAAUUCCUGGACCCUGCUCAGAGGGCCUUGUACAGGGAUGUGAUGCUGGAGACCUACAGGAACCUGCUGUCUGUGGAUAUCUCUCCUACACAUGUGAUCAAGCAUUUACAACCCAAAGUGAACAGUGAUAAACUAGAAAUAUUCCAAACAUUGAUCCUGGGAAGACCUGAAAGCUGUGAAAUCAAACAUUUUCAUCUUUGGGAAAGUCAGGAAAAUAUGUGUGACUUUGAGUGUCAGGGGAGAGAUGACAAAAGAAAUUACAAAGGAACACCUGUAAGCCUUAAUGGAAAUGUGCCUGAUGGAAUAGAUUCACAUGAUGGAAAGGAUGCAGGAAUCAAGCCGUUUGGAAGUAGGCUUGGAUUUAACUUUCAGGAUAAACUGCAGAUAUUUCAAACUGGCGGGAUAAUUUCUGAAUAUAAUGAAGCUGAGAGGUCUGUCAACAACAGUUUCUCAUUUUCACCACUUCAAAGAAUUCCUCCUUGUGCCCAAACCAGUGUUUCUAAUAUAUAUGGGAAUGACUUUAUGAAUCCUUCAGUAGUAACGCAAGACCUCAAAGCACACAGGGAAAAACCUUACAAAUGUGAUGAGUGUGGCAAGGCCUUUCGUGUAAAGGCAAUCCUUUUCAGGCAUCAUACAGUUCAUACUGGAGAGAAACCUUACAAAUGUGAUGAGUGUGGCAAGGCCUUUCGUGUAAAGUCAAGCCUUUUAAGUCAUCAGACAGUUCAUACUGGAGAGAAACCUUACAAAUGUGAUGACUGUGGCAAGGCCUUUCAUGCAAAGUCAAGCCUUUUAAGGCAUCAGACAAUUCAUACCGGACAGAAACCUUACAAAUGUGAUGAGUGUGGCAAGGUCUUUCGUGCAAAGUCAAAACUUUUAACUCAUCAGACAAUUCAUACAGGACAGAAACCUUACAAAUGUGAUGACUGUGGCAAGACCUUUCAUACAAAGUCAGCCCUUUUGACUCAUCAGACCAUUCAUACCGGAGAGAAACCUUACAAAUGUGAUGAGUGUGGCAAGGCCUUUCGUGUAAAGUCAAUGCUUUUAAGUCAUCAGACAAUUCAUACUGGACAGAAACCUUACAAAUGUGACAAGUGUGGCAAGGCCUUUCGUGUAAAGUCAAGCCUUUUAAGACAUCAAACACUUCAUACCGGAGAGAGACCUUACAAAUGUGAUGAGUGUGGCAAGUCCUUUCGUGCAAAGUCAAAACUUUUAACUCAUCAAACAAUUCAUACUGGACAGAAACCUUACAAAUGUGAUGACUGUGGCAAGGCCUUUCAUGCAAAGUCAGCCCUUUUAACUCAUCAGACAAUUCAUACCGGAGAGAAACCUUACAAAUGUGAUGAGUGUGGCAAGGCCUUUCAUGCAAAGUCAAAACUUUUAACUCAUCAGACAAUUCAUACUGGAGAGAAACCCUACAAAUGUGAUGAGUGUGGCAAGGCCUUUCGUUUAAAGUCAUUCCUUUUAAGUCAUCAGACAGUUCAUACUGGAGAGAAACGUUACAAAUGUGAUGAGUGUGGCAAGGCCUUUGCUGACAGCUCAUAUUUCAGGAAACAUCAGAAAAUUCAUACAGGACAGAAAUUAUUUAAAUGUGAUAUAUGUGACAAAGUCUUCAGCCGAAAAGCAUACCUUGCUGGUCAUCAAAGCGUUCAUUCUGGAGAGAAACCUUACAAAUGUGAUGAGUGUGGCAAGGCCUUUCUUGUAAAGUCAAUUCUUUUAAGUCAUCAGAGAGUUCAUACUGGAGAGAAACCUUACAAAUGUGGUGAGUGUGGCAAGGCCUUUACUGACAGGUCACAACUCAGGAGACAUCAGAAAAUUCAUACAGGACAGAAAUUAUUUAAAUGUGAUGUAUGUGACAAAGUCUUCAUCCGAAGUGAACAUCUUGCUUGUCAUCAGAGGGUUCAUUCUGGAGAGAAACCUUACAAAUGUGAUGAGUGUGGCAAGGCCUUUCGUGUAAAGUCAAUCCUUUUAAUUCAUCAGACAGUUCAUACUGGAGAGAAACCUUACAAAUGUGAUGAGUGUGGCAAGGCCUUUACUGACAGGUCACACCUCAGGAGACAUCAGAAAAUUCAUACAGGACAGAAAUUCUUUAAAUGUGAUAUAUGUGACAAAGUCUUCAGGCGAAGUAAACAGCUUGCUGGUCAUCAGAGUGUUCAUUCUGGAGAGAAACCUUACAAAUGUGAUGAGUGUGGCAAGGCUUUUCGUGUAAAGUCAACCCUUUUAAGGCAUCAGACAGUUCAUACUGGAGAGAAACCUUACAAAUGUGAUGAGUGUGGUAAGGCCUUUCGUGUAAAGUCAAUGCUUUUAAGUCAUCAGACAGUUCAUACUGGAGAGAAACCUUACAAAUGUGAUGAGUGUGGCAAGGCCUUUCGUGUAAAGCCAAUCCUUUUAAGGCAUCAGACAGUUCAUACUGGAGAGAAACCCUACAAAUGUGAUGAGUGUGGCAAGGCCUUUCGUGUAAAGUCAUUCCUUUUAAGUCAUCAGACAAUUCAUACUGGACAGAAACCUUACAAAUGUGAUGAGUGUGGCAAGGCCUUUCGUGUAAAGUCAAGCCUUUUAAGGCAUCAGACAGUUCAUACUGUAGAGAAGCCUUACAAAUGUGAUGAGUGUGAUAAGAUCUUUACUGACAGGUCACAACUCAGGAGACAUCAGAAAAUUCGUACAGGACAGAAUUUAUUUAAAGGUGAUAUAUGUGACAAAGUCUUCAGGCGAAGUGAACAGCUUGCUGGUCAUCAGAGCGUUCAUUCUAUAGAGAAACCUUACAAAUGUAAUGAGUAUUGCAAGCAUUUUAGUCAACCUUCACAGUUCUUAAGUCAUAAGAGAUUACAUACUGGAGAGAAGCCUUACAAAUGUGAUGAGUGUGGCAAGGCCUUUCGUGUAAAGUCAAUCCUUUCAAGGCAUUUGACAGUACAUACUGGAGAGAAACCUUACAAAUGUGAUGAGUGUGGCAAGGCCUUUCGUGUAAAGUCAUUCCUUUUAAGUCAUCAGACAGUUCAUACUGGACAGAAACCUUACAAAUGUGAUGAGUGUGGCAAGGCCUUUCGUGUAAAGUCAAGCCUUUUAAGGCAUCAGACAGUUCAUACUGGAGAGAAACUUUACAAAUGUGAUGAGUGUAGUAAGGCCUUUACUGACAAGUCACAACUCAGGAGACAUCAGAAAAUUCAUAUAGGACAGAAAUUAAUUAAAUGUGAUAUAUGUGACAAAGUCUUCAGGCGAAAUGAACAGCUUGCUGGUCAUCAGAGCAUUCAUUCUGGAGAGAAACCUUACAAAUAUAAUGUAUUGCAAGCAAUUUAGUGAACCUUCACAGUUCGUAAGUCAUAAGAGAUUACAUACUGGAGAGAAACCUUACAAUGUGAUGAGUAUGGCAAGGCCUUUCAUGUAAAGUCAAUUGUUUUAAGUCAUCAGACAGUUCAUACUGGAGAGAAACCUUACAAAUGUGAUGAGUGUGGCAAGGCCUUUACUGACAGCCCAAACCUCGGGAGACAUCAGAAAAUUCAUACAGGACAGAAAUUAUUUAAAUGUGAUAUAUGUGACAAAGUCUUCAGCUGAAGUUAACACCUUGCUGGUCAUCAGAGCAUUCAUUUGGAGAGAGACCUUACAAAUGUAAUGAAUAUGGCAAGCAUUUUCGUCAACCUUCAUAGUUCAUAAGUCAUAAGAGAUUACAUCUGGAGAGAAGCCUUCCAAAUGUGACGAGUGUGGCAAGGCCUUUCGUAUAAAGUCAAUCCUUUUAAGUCAUCAGACAAUUCAUACUGGAGAGAAACCUUACAAAUGUGAUGAGUGUGGCAAGGCCUUUCAUGCAAUGUCAACCCUUUUAACUCAUCAGACAGUUCAUACCGGUAAGAAACCUUACAAAUGUGAUGAGUGUGGAAAAGUCUUCGGUCAAAAACCACAUCUUCAACUUCACUGGGGAAUUCAUACUGGAAAGAGACCUUUCAGACGUGAUGAGUGUGGCAAGUUCUUCAUUCAGAAUUCACACCUUACAAGUCAUCGCAGAAUACAUAUAGAGAAACCUUUGAAAUGUUUCAAGUGUGGAAAAUCCUUUACUUAGGUCUCAGCACUCACUAAACAUCAAAAAAUCCAUACAUGAGAGAAACGUAUGUGAAUGUGGUAUAAGGUAGAAGUCUUCAAAAUUCAUACCCUACUGUUGGUCAGAAAAUUCAUACUCCUGAGAAACCAUACAAAUAUGAGUGUGGCAACAUCUUAGGCUUCAUGAUAAAAUUCAUACUGGAUAGAAGCCAAAUAUAUAUGUAUUUAUUAGGUCUUUAGAACAUGAAUUCAUUCUAGAAAGAUUCCUCACCAAUUUCACAAGUGUAAAAAAAGAAAAAAAAAAAAAAAACUGUCCUCACAGCUCAACAUCUCGCCAGUAGUAUCAGAGUAUGUAUCCUGGAGAAAACACACAGCAAUGUAUUGUGUAUGGCAAGGAUCUUACCCAAAAGUCACAAGAUAGGAACAUAGUGGAGCCAUACUUCCCAGACUCAGUGGUUGUGGCAAAUCCUUUACCUUUUUCACUGUAUGUAUUCUCUGAUGACUUUAGUUCAGGUACUCAGCAACUGCAGUGAGUCCAUAUUUGAAAAGAAGCUAUAGCGAUCUUUUCGUGUAAAAUAAACCUGAAUUCUAACUCAUCAGAGAUGAUUCUUUGGGACAGUAGUCCACCAUCUUUUUGGUCUCCUGGCUUUCUGAAUAAAGUCACUAUUCCUUACCCAACAAGUAGUCUCUCAGUUGAUUGGCCUGUUGUGUAGUGCCGGGAGCCACCACGGGAGAUCCCACCCAUGACAAAGGUCAUGCGGAGAAGACCUGACAGGAAAGGUGAAUCAGGACUCGAGGGACCUCCUAGACCUGGUCGAGCAUCUACCCCCAAACCAGAAUCUGUUCUGUCUUACUAUUUUAUGACUCUUACCAACUCCUCUGACAUUAACUGGGUCUAUCCCCGACCACCUUUCUCUGAAAGAAAUCAACUUAGAGCUCUAGUUAGUAAGUCUCCUGGACACAAUAGGAGUAUUUCUAUCCAAACCCCUUGGAUGGCUUUCUAACUUGCCUGAGAGGUUUAUCCAGACUCUUACAACUACGUAUGUGACUGUUUACAGCCUCCCAACCAUGAGAGGCACGGAAAGCUUAAGACAUUCUAACAGUAUAUAGCUCUUCGGGGAGUUAAAAAUUAUUAGAAUAGAACUGAUGAAGGAUUUCAUUGUUGAGCCAAUGCUUGCUGCCAAGUUUCCAUAUCCCUUACCCACUGUGUCCCUGGGAAUAUAUUAAUUAGUAUAGUUCGUAUAUAGAAAAAAUAAGUAGUAGCCUUGAUGUUAACUGUAGACCCUUGAGUUAAUAAAUUCUUUCCUUGUUAUAGCCCACUGCACCUUUGCCCUAAAGAAAUGCAACUUUAUCUAGUGCUUUCAGGGAGUGGUGCCAAACUUCAGAAGAAUAACCUUUAGAGAAAAUAAGUUUUCUGGUUAACUGACGUUUAUCAGAAGAAAAAUGUUAACAGGCCUCCUGCUCAGAAGAUGAUGUAAAUCCCCUAAAGCCUAUGUAUAUGAUAAGAUUGCAGAAAGAAAGUCUGCUCUCAGUAAGGGUCAAGGACUGCUAAUCCUGCAUUACUCUGUAUCUUCCAUUAUCCUCUAUGUACAACUGAGGGUGUAAAAGCUCCUUUUAAAAAUAAAGUUUCGGGCCUUGCUCACUGAA